CAGCAAUGCAGGAGGCCUUGUAAGGAAAGAGCAACAACAAGGCAAGCACUAGUGGGGAACCAGAUGUAGUAAGUCAGCUGAAGAAGGAAAACGAGGAUCUGCGUGAGAAAAUUUUCCGGAAAGGGAAGAAUAGUGAGAUUGAGAAGCUGAGGGAAGAGAAUGAGGCCCUAAGAAAGAGUCGGGCUGAGGAUAGAAGCAUGGAGAGGGAGGUAGCUAUUUUGAGAAGGGAAUUGCGGGAGAUAAAGGAGAAUCGUGAAAGUGUUGGCAAGGAAGAAUUCAUGAGGGAAAUCGAGCGGCUGCAUGAUGAGAUGGAACUACUACGGAAGGAGAAAGAGGAGUCUCAAGAAGAAACCAGGCAGUGGCAAAAUGAGGCCCUCCGUCCGGGCAAUAAACGCGGCACUAUUGGAAUGACUACUCUGGAGCCUAGUUGCCGAGGACGAGCAAGACUGAGGUUGGGACAGACCCCACAUGAGACGAGGGCGAUACGGGACGAGCUGAAGGAGCUCCAAGCGAAGAUCGACCUGAAGCGCUGUGAUCAGGCUGAGGUCAGCCUACUGAAGGAAAGACGUGCGGAGGCGGAAAUGAGGCGCAUGCAGGCGGAGGGGGAAGUGCUGAAACUACGAGAGGAGAUGAGCAGGCUGUCUACCAAGCAGACGAUGGCGGAGACACCAAGGGAGAAGGGGACGAAUUUGAAGAAGCAGCUUGAUGAGGCUGCUACUGAUGUGCGGAAGUCAAGGCGGCAAAAGAUGAAGGCUACUCUGGGGCGCCUACCAAGAGCUGAAGAAAGUGCAAAGAAGGCGAAUGACCGUUUCGUUUUUGUUCAAGACGAGAAGAAACGGCUGAAGGCCCUGAAGAAAUCGGGGCUCGAGCCAUUGUGCCAAGCCGCUGGAAUCAAAUACAAGACCAUAGAUAUAACGGCUGAAGAUUUGGCGCAGUAUAACGCUGAUCAAGUGUUUGGUGAUAAGGAGGAUCCUGAUCUGAACUCGGCAGAGGGGGACAGGUCCGGUGAUGGUGCGGCCUCCAAUGAUGACUCCAUCCCUGUGGAUGUGGUGGCGAUGGACGGCGGCGGAGAGGGUGGGAGUGCGCUGUUGACACCGCUUGAGCGGGCAGCCGUGGCGGUGGCUGUGUCAACCGUUGUUCUUCGUUGUCAGCAGGAGAGGGCGCUGGGACGAAUGAAGGAUAAGUUGCGCGCGCGUAGAAGGAGGACGCUGAUGGAAGCUGCGGAUAUAGGCCCCGACUAUGUGGCAACUUCAGAGGCUGUCAUUGAGCUGUGCUACACGUUGGGUUGUGGCGUCAUUCCACCAGCGACACCGAGGUGGUGGAUCAAACACAGGACAGGGGGGAUGUGGGAAGACCUUCGACAAUGCGACGACGCCACGGAUGACUACUUCAACGAGAAGCAGCACAGCGCCGGGGAGCAGCAGAGGGACCACCAGAAGCAGCACAGCGACGUGGAGCAGCAGAGGGAGUCUGCGGUACAGGUUGGCCAUGAGCUGCACGGUGGAGAGGGCAGCAAUGCCAUGUCUGUUGUUGGACAUCUAGCACACGAUGACGGAGAAGGCAAGAGUCUUGUCGGACAUGCAGCACGUGACGACACGCGUGGGAAUACGACGCUCGUGCAGAAACCUCUUUCGGCUGUUGCCCGCUGGAUUAAACCGGGGGACGAGGUUAGUCCUCCUUUGGAGAUGUAUCGUUUAGGUGUCUAUCAUUUCUGUAGGCUCCCUGGCCACUUCAUUCGAGAAUGCCCCUUUCGCAACUGUCCGAACGGAGCGGAGAUGGCAGCGAACAUACAAGGAGCUAUGAACGGUGGCACGCGUAAUGAGGUAUCAGGUUUGUUGCCAGCACCGGCGUCGUCUUCUUCUUCUUCUUCUCAGAUGGCCGCGGCGUCUGGCACUUCCAACGCAAUCGUGUCGUACCAACCGCCACAAGGUAGAAGCGUUAAUAAUGCUGGAAGUAAUUAUGGUGGUUACAGCAACUAUGGUGGCGGCGGUGGUUAUCGGGGUAAUCAAGGUUACGGAGGUCAGCGGUUUCCGAAGCCCUGGGGUGGUGGUUAUAGGGAACGUGACAACGAUGAUCGGUUUGAUAAGAUCUAUGGCCUGCUCUCGGAACAAGCUGAAGAACGGGAAUGUAAGGAGCAGGAGGCAGCUAAGUUGGAACUGCUUGAAGCCGAGAAGAAAAAGCUGCAGGCAGAAGAGGAGAGAAACACGCAAGCAAGAAAGGAGAAGGAAUUGCACGAGGUUAGGUUAGGGAAGAUUGUGAGGAGCAGUAUGAAGUCUGUUUGCGAAUCGGUUCUAGGGAAGAAAGUUGACAUUCCUGAUGAGGAUGAGUCGGAGAUCAGCAAGGUAAAACGGGAGUUAGAUGAACUGAAGGCUAAGUAUGUGGGGGAGAAGGCAAGAUGUGCGGGGGAAAAGGCGGAAUCCAGUUUGGAUGCGCUACGGCGGGAGAAAGAGGCGCUUCAGAAAGCGCAGUCUCUGAGUAGCGAGGAGGAAAUUCUUAAGAAGGAAAUUGAGAUAUUGAGGGCACAGAACAAGAAGAACAAAUCGGUUGAUGCGAAUUCCGAAAGCUCGCAGAAUGAUGAAAUCGCGGCGCUUCGUUUGCAGAUUCAAGAACUUGAAGGGGUGUGGGCAGCGCUCCAGAACCGCAGCAAUGAACUCUGCAGUUUGAAGGCAGAAAACUCGACACUCAAGAAGGAUUUCCAAGAUCUCAGAGGGGAGAUUGAUGAGCUCAAGAACGCCAAUAACAAGCGAUCGUCCGAAGUGGUGACUGAGAAAAGUCCACCAGCGGAGCCGGACAAAGGGAAGCAGAGGUUGGUUCCGUUUGGUGACGCCGUUUACACUCCCAAGGAUUUGGAUGCCCUUCACAAGGCAUACAAGAAGGCUCGGGCACGUGAAGAAAUCGCCAACAAGGAAGUGCAAGCUCUCAAGGAACAGAUGGCGCGCAUGGGUGCUCAGUUGCUGACGAAGCAGCGUCCUUCUGCAAGAAGACCUUCUGUCAGGAAAACGACGCCUCACAACCUGAGGCCAGCCUUAAGUGCUAUACAGAUUGAGGACGUCGGAGAAGGAAGGCGGUCCUAGGAGGACGAAAGCUGUCGAGGAGUUACCCGAGAAACC